AUGGGAACUUGCUACAGAUCCGAGAUCUUUGACGCUGGAGCAAGAGUUCGGUCUCGUGAUACCGAAGGCUGGAAGGCCAUUCACCAUGCCUUGAAAGAGCAAGCACCUGCACUUCUGCAGAAGAAGAUUGACAGCAUUUGUCCCCGCCUGGCUGAAGUGCCCGACUUUUAUUGUGAGAUGCACAUCGAUGUUUCCACGUGGGUUCCUGGUGUCUCUCGCUGGCUGCCAUCGGACACGGUGAAGAUCUGGAAAGCGGCCCAGGAUAUCCGCUUCGAUGUAACCUUAUUCCUGUGUCUGGAUAACGAGGCGGAGACGUGCACUAAUCUGCUGAAGCUUGACACGGAGCUGACGGAGCUCGAUCUCGACGAGAUGGUGCACUUCUUGAUGACCAUGUCGAUUGUUACGACCGAUUUCGACGCAUCCAAUGUUGCCUUCGAGAAGAAAUGCGCUUGGUUUUCUUCUACUCCGAUGCUACAAGACAUUGGCUGUUGGAAAGAUACGCGGGUUGUUGACAUGAUCGGUGUGAAGGCAUCGCUUCGCUACCGUAAGCCACACAACCCGAAGCAUCCGCCUCCAAAAUCGAUCGACGAGCGACAAUCGACUGCGUGUAAUGCAGUAUCAUUGUUGACCGAAGUGACUGCAGCUGCAGACCACUAUACCGAGGUGGUGGUUGAUCCCAAAUCCAAUCACGUUGUGUCGCUGGAGCUGGCGAAGGGCGAGGAGGUGGUGUGGAAGUUUUCAACUGAGAAGCGUGACAUCAUCUUUGGUGUUCGCUUUCUCCAAGAGAACAACGGGGAUGAAAGGGACGAAAUCAUUCCUCUCCAACGUACCCAGGCUCAUUUAAAAGAGCAGAGCGGUUCAUUCAAGACUGCCAGCAUAGGCACGCUUGUUGUCACAUGGGACAACUCAUACUCCCUUAUUCGGUAA